CUUUAGAGAGACGUUGACAGCAUGGCAUAUACAAGAGAUCAACUGACUGAGACGGAGAAACGUGAGACAGAUUUCUGGACGUGGGCCCGGAAAGUAUGGCUGUAUCCGCAGUCACAAGCAAUGGACAAGUUCGAAGCCGUAAUGAAAAUCCCGGAGUUCGACCUCCGCAAUUACCUUGUUGUCCGUGACGGACCUCAGCACUACGUUCAUUAUUGUUGUACGCCGAAUGAUUUGGUGUAUGAAGGCGUUAUUGCCCAGAGUCUAGUUUCGAUUGCGGUACUUCAUUGCGGCAAGAGUCAGAGACGAAUUGCAGUAAAACGAUUCCCGAUGGCAAUAAGUGAAAUCAGUCAGCAGCAGAUGUGUGAAGACUUACAAGCAACCAAACGACGCAUCCAUUACGUCAAUCUUCUACAGUUUUAUGGAAUUCUGUUUACCAAGGUUUGAUACAAGAUGCUGAAGCAGACAUCUUAAGAGCUACAUACAUAACUCGUAGGCAGAAGAACAAAUAUAUCCAGAUUGCUCGUAUAUCUAUAGGUAAAGAGUCUGUAACUAGACAAUAAAACAGACUAGUAAA